UGGUAGCAUGUCAAAUAUCUUUCUGAAAAACUUCUACCAUUGCUUCAAAUGCCUUCUGAGGACUACUACUCUCUCUAUAGAAGACGAUGACAAAGGAAUAGUGGAACCCAACAAACCUCUCUCUUAUUAUUCCCCCACCGUUUCUGCUUCCACCACCUCCGACGACGACUUAUUCUCCACCGUUUUAGCCUCCGAACGCUUCUUCUUUUCCUCCCCCGGCCGCUCAAACUCCAUCGUUGACUCAUCGGAAGCUCCUUCUCCCAACCCCACCACACCCCUAAUCUCCGGCGGGGUCGCUGUUCAAACUGAUUCCCCGGACCCGUUAGCCGACUUCCGGCGGUCAAUGCAAGAAAUGGUGGAAGCCCACGAGUCAACGGACUCGGAUUUCUUGCACAGCCUUCUACUUUGUUAUCUAAAUCUCAAUCCUAAACACACUCACAAGUACAUCGUGGGAGCUUUCUCCGACCUCAUUAUAUCUCUAGUUUCGUCGCCGUCGUCGAUCGGACUGUAGUUGAGCCGAUCGAGGAAAGCAGAAGAAGAAGAAGAAGAAGAACCCCGCCGCG